AGAGAGAGAGAGUCCGGUUCUUCAGUCUCGUAGCGGCGGGCCGGAGGGAAGGAGCUCCGUGACCCUGAGGACAAUUCCCAGAUCUUUUGCUCCGUUCUCUCUUCCUUGUCAUUCUUCUCGUCGCGAAUUCUCGCGUUUGACGCCAGACGCAUCGCGCUUCCUUCCUCUCUUCGUCGUCUUCCGGCCUCGUGGACGCGCUAUCGCAAUUGGCACCUUGUGUCCGGGCGCGUGAGUUCAGUUCAGUUCCGCUCGAUUCCGUUCCGUGUGUGUGUGAGUUAUCUUUGGCGGAUCGUGGACGGACUUUCAGUGGUGUACAUGUACCCUGGGACUAGAAUCUCACCGUAGAACGUAGGGAAAAAUCAACGAACAUGCUGAUAAGAGAAUUGGCGGCCGUUUGGGUCGCCGUCCUCUUGUGCCAUCUUCAGCUAACGGAGUCUCAGGUUCCUACCACAAAUGUCUUCACCUGUCCAAACGGAUGGGAGCUGCGAGGCAUACACUGUUAUAAAUUCUUCAACAUCAGGCAUUCCUGGGAAAAGGCGGCGGAAUUAUGCAGGAGAUACGGAAGCGAGCUGAUGGUGGUGGAGUCGUACAGCGAGAACAACAUGUCGGCGAAUUUGAUCGGCCGGCAUUUGGAUCAUUAUUGGCUGGGCCUCGCCUCGCUCGACGAUUUACGUACCAACACACUCGAAUCCGCCGCGGGAAUGCUCGUCUCGCAAUACGCCGGUUUCUGGGCGCCGAGGCAGCCGAAUCCGCACUCGGGCGAGUGCGUGGACGUCGCCUUGACGGACGACCGGCAAACGUGGGAAUUGACCACGUGCGAGUCGCUUCUUCCCUUCAUGUGCCGUGCCAACGCCUGUCCUUCCGGUUCGUUCCACUGCUCGAACGGCAAGUGCAUCAACGCGGCAUUCAAAUGCGACAAGCAGGACGACUGCGGCGAUUACUCCGACGAAUUGGACUGCCCGGCUAACUGCCAGUAUUACAUGGCGAGCAGCGGCGACGUUGUGGAGAGCCCAAAUUACCCGCAUAAAUAUGCGCCUCUCAGCAAUUGCAAGUGGACACUGGAGGGCCCUCAAGGACACAAUAUUCUUCUGCAGUUUCAAGAAUUUGAGACCGAGAAGAGCUUCGACAUAGUGCAGAUUCUCGUUGGCGGCAGAACCGAGGAGAAGUCCGUAAAUCUGGCGACCCUUUCCGGCAAACAGGAGCUCAGCAACAAGCUCUUCGUCUCGGCCUCGAACUUCAUGAUUAUAAAGUUCAGUACCGACGCUUCGGUGGAGAGGAAAGGCUUCCGUGCUUCCUGGAAGACCGAACCACAGACUUGCGGCGGUAUCCUUAGAGCAACGCCGCAAGGACAAGUGCUCACGUCCCCGGGAUAUCCGCAAAAUUAUCCCGGAGGAUUGGAGUGUCUGUAUAUCUUACAGGCUCAGCCGGGACGUAUAAUGUCUCUGGAGAUCGAGGACUUGGAUCUCGAGAUGAAUCGGGAUUACAUUCUUGUGAGGGACGGAGAUUCGCCUAUGAGCCGACCGAUCGCACGCCUCACCGGGAAAUCGGAGGACAAUCCAAUAGUGAUCAUGUCCACCGGAAGCAACUUGUACUUAUAUUUCAAAACAAGCCUCGGCGAUUCCAGGCGUGGUUUCAGCAUUCGCUUCACGCAGGGUUGUAAAGCCACGAUAAUCGCGAGGAACGGAACGGUUCAGUCACCGUCUUACGGUCUCAACGAUUAUCCCAAUAAUCAGGAUUGUUUGUACAGAAUCAAAAAUCCGGACAGGGGACCGUUGUCUCUGAAAUUCGUUAAUUUCGACGUUCACAAAACCGAUUACGUGCAGAUAUAUGAUGGUUCCAACACGAACGGGCUACGCUUGCAUCCCGGAAGCGGUUUCACCUCUAACACUCGACCUAAGAUCACGCUCACCGCGGAAAGCGGAGAAAUGCUCGUUAGAUUCUCUUCCGAUGCUCUGCACAGCAGCACCGGCUGGCAGGCCGAGUUUUCUGCCGAUUGUCCACCAUUGCAACCUGGUGAGGGAGCUUUGGCGUCUAGUCGUGACACAGCUUUCGGUACAGUAGUUACGUUCUCCUGCCCGCUGGGUCAAGAGUUUGCUACGGGCAAGUCGCGAAUCUCCACGGAAUGCCUCCCUGGAGGAAACUGGUCCGUUACGUAUAUUCCUAAGUGCCAGGAGGUAUACUGCGGCCCCGUGCCCCAAAUCGAUAACGGAUUCUCAAUUGGCUCCUCGAACGUUACUUAUCGAGGUCUGGCGACCUAUCAGUGUUAUGCAGGAUUCGCGUUUCCAUCUGGAAGGCCAACGGAGAAGAUAUCUUGUCUGGCGGACGGAAGAUGGGAAAAGAACCGUCCGUUUAGUUACGGCACGAUUGUUAGAUUCGAGUGCGAGCCUGGCUACAUUCGAAGCGGACAUCCCGUCAUUCUUUGCAUGAGCAAUGGCACCUGGUCCGACGAAGUGCCGACGUGUUCUCGCGCUAGAUGUCCGCUGCUACCUACGAUUAAAAAUGGAUUUGUCGUCGACACCGGCAAAGAAUAUUACUUCGGUGAUGAAGCUAGGGUGCAAUGCAACAGAGGCUACAAGUUGACUGGAUUAAAUAUCAUACAAUGCGGACCUUAUCAACGCUUUGAUAAUGUGCCGACUUGCGAAGAUAUAAACGAGUGCGCAUCGAGUCAAUGCGAUCUGGCGUCUACGGAAUGCAUAAACGAUCCUGGCGCGUUUACUUGCAGGUGCAAGCCUGGUUUUGCACCGACUAUGGAGUGCCGGCCUAUCGGUGACCUUGGUCUUAUCAAUGGCGGUAUCCCCGAUGAAUCGAUCACGGUCUCCAGUUCGGAAACCGGAUAUACGAAAACUGGUAUUCGUUUGAACAAUGGCGACGGAUGGUGCGGCAACAACAUCGAGCCGGGUACGAAUUGGGCGAUGAUCGAUAUGAAGGCACCGACGAUCAUUCGCGGCUUCCGGACGCAGGUUGUAGCCAGAAUCGACGGAAACAUUGCGUACGCGUCGGCCGUGCGGAUUCAAUACACAAACGAGUUAACAGACGUGUUCAAGGAUUAUACCAAUCCAGACGGAACGCCGGUGGAGUUUAGAAUUUUGGAGGCGACGCUUUCAGUUCUGAAUUUACCCGUACCAAUCGAAGCGCGCUACGUGAAAUUCAGGAUACAAGAUUACAUCGGUGCGCCGUGCAUGAAACUAGAGAUAAUGGGUUGUACCAGGCUUGAAUGCACCGAUAUCAAUGAGUGCGCUAUUAGGAAUGGUGGCUGCCAACAGAAAUGCAUCAACAGCCCUGGGAGCUAUUCCUGCAUGUGCAACACAGGUUUUGAACUGUACAAGAGCAAUGGCACAGCCGGCUUCAAUCUGGUGAAAUCGGAAACUGGCGAAAGGGACGGUGAUUUAUAUCAGAGAAAUAAAACGUGCGUGCCAGUGAUGUGUCCGCCGUUAACAGCACCGGAAAAUGGAAAAUUAUUGUCAACCAAGGAGCAGCAUCACUUUGGCGAUCUUGUCAGAUUUCAGUGUAAUUUUGGUUACGUACUGUCUGGAUCUUCGGCUGUAAUUUGUACCUCUUCCGGCGUGUGGAACGGAACUAUUCCCGAAUGUCAAUACGCAAAAUGUGUAUCGCUGCCAGACGAUAAAAACGAGGGUCUCACUGUAAUUCGAAACGACGAGGCCAGCGUGCUGGUGCCUUUUAAACAGAACGUUACCUUAAAGUGCAGCAGCAACGGCCGCUAUUUGCGCAACACCGCGACAUCCAGUUUCCGACAGUGCGUGUACGACCCCAAACCUGGCUUGCCUGAUUACUGGCUUUCCGGUUUUCAGCCAGCUUGUCCUCGCGUAGAUUGUGGCAAACCGCUUCCCACGCCCGGUGCCGAGUACGGCCAGUAUCUGGACACCAAGUACCAGUCCUCCUUCUUCUUCGGUUGUCAAGAUACCUUCAAGUUGGCCGGUGAAACCAACCGCAAUGACAACGUCGUACGUUGUCAGGCGAACGGCGUUUGGGACUUCGGCAACUUGCGAUGUGAAGGUCCGGUCUGCGAGGAUCCUGGCAGACCAAGUGACGGUUAUCAGGUGGCGCGUAGCUACGAGCAAGGCUCGGAAGUGCAGUUUGGCUGCAACAGGCCUGGUUACAUCCUUAUCAGUCCGCGACCGAUCGUCUGUAUUCGCGAACCCGAGUGCAAGGUCGUCAGGCCGCUCGGCUUGGCCUCCGGACGCAUCCCGGAUUCAGCGAUAAACGCCACUUCCGAGAGACCGAACUACGAGGCCAAGAACAUCCGGUUGAACUCAGUGACCGGUUGGUGCGGCAAGCAGGAAGCCUUCACCUACGUCAGCGUCGAUCUCGGCCGCGUUUAUCGAGUGAAGGCGAUUCUCGUAAAGGGCGUGAUCACCAACGACAUCGUCGGCAGACCUACGGAGAUCCGUUUCUUCUACAAGCAGGCGGAGAGUGAGAAUUACGUCGUCUAUUUCCCGAAUUUCAAUCUGACCAUGCGCGAUCCCGGAAAUUACGGCGAACUGGCGAUGAUCACUCUGCCCAAAUACGUGCAAGCCCGUUUCGUGAUUCUCGGUAUUGUCAGCUACAUGGACAACGCCUGUUUGAAAUUCGAGCUUAUGGGAUGCGAAGAACCGGUGACCGAGCCGUUGCUCGGUUAUGAUUACGGAUUUUCGCCUUGCGUCGACAACGAGCCGCCGGUCUUCCAAAACUGCCCGCAACAACCGAUAGUCGUGCAAAAGGGAGCAGACGGGGAAUUGUUGCCUGUGAACUUCACGGUGCCGACCGCCAUCGACAACAGCGGUAGCGUUGCCCGAUUAGAAGUGAAGCCACCUAGCUUCAGAACCCCCAUUCGAAUCUUCGAAGACACAGUCGUAAAAUACGUAGCUUACGAUUACGACGGCAACGUAGCUAUCUGCGAAAUCAAUAUCACCGUUCCGGAUAUGACUCCACCGAAGCUGAGCUGUCCUCAGAGUUAUGUUAUCGAGCUAAUCGACCGACAAGAGAGUUACACCAUCAAUUUCAAUGAGACGCGAAAACGCAUCAACGCCACAGACGCGUCUGGUUUUGUCAAGAUUACCUUUGUGCCGGAACGCGCGGUGAUUAGAAUCGGCGAUUUCGAAAAUGUCACGGUAUACGCAACGGACUCCAACGGCAACAGAGCGACCUGCCACUUCCAAGUUUCGGUCCAGGCAACGCCCUGCGUCGAUUGGGAAUUGAAGCCGCCGGCUAAUGGAGGUAUAAACUGCAUUCCUGGGGAGAAAGGGCGGCAGUGCAUGGCAACCUGUAAACCUGGAUACAGAUUCACCGAUGGUUCGCCCGAAAAAAUAUUUAGUUGUGACGUUAACAAACGGUGGGUACCCUCGUCGGUGGUACCUGACUGCGUUUCCGAGAACACGCAACAGGCCGAUUAUCACGUAAUCGCCUCGGUAAAUUAUCGUGCAAAUGGCGCUGUUUCUCGAUCUUGUUUGCCAAUGUACCAAGACCUCAUGUCUCAGCAUUACACGAACCUUAAUAAUAUCUUGACUCAACGUUGCUCCGCUAUUAACGUGAACAUGAACGUGUCCUUUGUCAGAUCGAUACCUUUCCUAGUCGAAGAGAAUGUUCUCAAGAUGGACUUUAUUUUGGCGAUCGUCCCAGCGCAACGCCAACCGCAAUUGUACGAUUUCUGCGGUUCCACGUUAAGCCUGAUCUUCGAUUUGUCAGUCCCGUAUGCGAGCGCGGUGAUCGAACCUUUGUUGAACGUUUCCGCGAUUGGCAAUCAAUGUCCGCCACUUCGUGCCCUUAAAUCAUCCAUCAGCAGGGGCUUUACGUGCAGCAUCGGUGAAGUAUUGAAUAUGGAUACCAAAGACGUUCCUCGUUGCCUGCACUGCCCUGCCGGAACCUUCGCCGGGGAGAAACAGAAGCAGUGCACAGCCUGUCCGAAAGGCUUCUAUCAGAACAGCGACCGUCAAGGUUCCUGCCUGCGCUGUCCAUUCGGCACGUACACAAAGGAGGAAGGCUCAAAGAGUAUAGACGACUGUAUACCGGUCUGCGGUUACGGCACGUACUCCCCUACCGGUCUCGUGCCUUGCCUCGAGUGUCCUAGAAACAGCUACACCGGCGCGCCGCCAACCGAAGGCUGCAAAGACUGCCAGACCUGCCCAGCUGGAACGUUCACCUAUCAACCAGCCGCACCCGGUCGGGACCGUUGCCGUGCCAAGUGUUCGCCGGGCAUGUAUUCGGAUACGGGACUCUCUCCUUGCGCUCAGUGUCCCAAAAACUUCUUCCAGCCUCAGCAUGGCGCGACCACGUGCGUCGAGUGUCCCACGAACAUGUACACGGACGGGCCUGGUUCCGUGGGCCGCGAAGAGUGCAAGCCCGUUCAGUGCACCGACAGCGUGUGUCAGCACGGCGGUCUCUGCGUACCAAUGGGACACGGCAUCCACUGCUACUGUCCGGCUGGCUUCUCCGGGAGACGCUGCGAAAUCGAUAUUGACGAGUGCGCGUCUCAGCCGUGCUACAACGGUGCCACUUGCAUAGAUCUACCGCAAGGCUACAGGUGUCAGUGCGCCAAUGGUUAUUCUGGUAUCAAUUGCCAAGACGAAAAGUCGGACUGUACAAACGACACGUGUCCGGAGAGAGCUAUGUGCAAAGACGAGCCUGGAUAUAACAAUUACACUUGUCUCUGCCGAUCUGGAUACACCGGAGUUGAUUGCGACAUUACUAUAAAUCCUUGCACAGCCAGCGGAAAUCCUUGCAAUAACGGCGCAACUUGCGUAGCCCUUCAACAAGGCCGUUACAAAUGCGACUGUCUGCCAGGAUGGGAAGGGCAAAGCUGUGAGAUCAACACCGACGAUUGUGCCGAACGGCCUUGCCUGCUCGGCGCUAAUUGCACCGAUCUGGUCGCCGAUUUCUCCUGCAACUGCCCGCCCGGAUUCACCGGUAAACGCUGUCACGAGAAAAUCGAUCUCUGCUCGGGCAACCCUUGCUUAAACGGAAUCUGCGUGGACAAGCUCUUCAGCCACGAGUGCAUCUGCCAUCCAGGAUGGGCCGGUCCGGCAUGCGAGACCAACAUCAACGAGUGCGCGUCUAAACCGUGCCGAAACAACGGCCAGUGCAUCGAUCAGAUUGACGACUAUACUUGCACCUGCGAGCCCGGCUACACUGGUAAACAGUGCCAGCACACGAUCGACGAUUGCGCGUCGGAUCCUUGUCAGAAUGGAGCCACGUGCAUCGACCAGCUGCAGGGCUUCGUCUGCAGGUGCAAACCCGGCUUCGUCGGGCUGCAGUGCGAGGCGGAGAUUGACGAGUGUCUGAGCGAUCCUUGCAGCCCGGCCGGCACCGAUCGCUGCAUCGACCUCGACAAUACCUUCAUCUGCCAUUGUCGCGAGGGUUACACCGGACCAUUCUGUGAGGUCAACAUUGACGAUUGCGCAUCCGAUCCUUGUCUAAACGGCGCGACGUGCAGAGAUGAAGUCGGUGGUUUUAAAUGCGUAUGUCCGAUGGGAUGGAACGGAAAGUAUUGCCACAUAGAUAUCGGCCUGUGUCAGAAUGAACCUUGCCAGAACGAUGCCGCCUGCGUAGACCUGUUUCUGGACUACUUCUGUGUCUGUCCAUCUGGAACUGACGGCAAGCAAUGCGAAACGGCGCCGGAACGCUGCAUCGGAAAUCCGUGCAUGCACCACGGCCGCUGUCAAGAUUUUGGCUCUGGUCUGAAUUGUACUUGUCCUAACGAUUACACCGGCAUCGGCUGUCAAUACGAAUACGACGCCUGCCAAGCUGGCGCUUGCAAAAAUGGUGCCACUUGCAUCGACGAAGGUCCCGGAUUCACCUGCAUAUGUCCUCCAGGAUAUACAGGUCAAACUUGCGAGGAAGAUAUAAUCGAUUGCAAAGAGAAUUCUUGUCCGCCAUCAGCAACCUGUAUCGAUCUCACUGGCAAAUUCUUCUGCCAAUGUCCGUUCAACCUAACCGGUGACGACUGCAGAAAAUCUAUCCAAGUGGACUAUGACCUGUACUUCAGCGAUCCAGGACGCAGCAGUGCUUCGCAAGUCAUUCCAUUCUUUACUGGCUCCACAAAGAGUCUAACUGUCGCGAUGUGGGUGCAGUUCACGCAGAGAGACGAGGCCGGAAUUUUCUUCACUCUUUAUGGCGUCAGCUCGCCACACGUUCCAACAAACCGCAGGCUUAUGAUGCAAGCGCACAGCAAUGGCGUUCAGGUAUCUCUUUUCCACGAUCUGCAAGACGUCUACCUGCCGUUCAGAGAAUAUGCGACCAUAAACGACGGACAAUGGCAUCACGUAGCUGUUGUGUGGAACGGCGAGAAUGGCGGCGAGCUCAUUUUAAUUACAGAAGGUCUCAUCGCGAGCAAGACUGAGGGCUACGGUAGCGGUAGAUCGCUCCCGGCAUACGCAUGGGCGGUAUUGGGUAAACCACAGAGUGAGAACACGAAAGGUUACACGGAAUCGGGCUUCCAAGGCCAUCUGACCAAAGUACAAGUCUGGGGCCGUGCGUUGCACGUGACAAACGAGAUUCAGAAGCAAGUCCGCGACUGCCGCACGGAGCCAGUUCUCUAUCAGGGUCUGGUGUUGACAUGGGCAGGAUACGACGAAACUGUGGGCGGCGUCGAGAGAGUCGUGCCGUCGCAUUGCGGUCAGAGAGUGUGUCCGCCCGGUUAUGGUGGCAACAAGUGUCAGCAACUCGAGGCUGACAAAAUCCCGCCCAAAGUGGAGCACUGUCCAGGCGAUCUUUGGGUGAUCGCGAAGAACGGAUCGUCGAUCGUUACCUGGGACGAGCCGCAUUUCAGCGACAACGUCGGCGUCGUCAGGAUCCAGGAAAAGAAUGGACAUCGAUCCGGGCAGACUCUGCUGUGGGGAACUUACGAUAUCAGCUACGUGGCUUAUGAUCUGGCCGGAAACUCGGCUACUUGCAACUUCAAGGUUUACGUGUUAUCGGAAUUUUGCCCGUUACUAGAAGAUCCUAUCGGUGGCACGCAACAAUGCAAGGACUGGGGUUCGGGAGGUCAAUUCAAAGUCUGCGAGAUCUCGUGCAACACCGGACUUCGAUUCUCACAGGAGGUCCCCAAGUUCUAUACAUGCGGUGCGGAAGGUUUCUGGAGACCUACUAGUAAUCCUAGUCUACCUCUGGUGUAUCCAGCUUGUACAAACGCUAUUCCAGCCCAAAGAGUCUUCAGGAUUAAAAUGAAUUUCCCCACAUCGGUGCUUUGCAAUGAAGCCGGCCAAGGUGUACUCAAGCAGAAAGUUCGAAACGCUGUAAACUCGUUGAAUCGAGAUUGGAAUUUCUGUUCCUAUUCUUAUGAAGGAACUCGAGAAUGUAAGGAUCUUAAUAUCGACGUACAAUGCGAUCACCGCAUUCGUGCAACAAGAGAAAUAAAUGAAGAUGAUGGUGGGACGUACGUCGUUUCUGCCGCCGUGCCCGCAGAACCAACGAGAAAGGGUCGCCAAGGCAGUGACACCUACGAGGUGGAGAUCUCGUUCCCGGCGAUAAAUGAUCCUAUCCUGAACGCUAAUUCGAACGAGCGCUCUACCGUACAAAUGUUGCUCGAAAGACUGAUCCUGGAAGAAGAUCAAUUCGACGUUCACGAUAUUCUGCCUAACACUGUGCCAGAUCCCGCAUCUCUCAUUCUGGAAUCCGACUAUGCCUGUCCAAUUGGCCAAGUUGUCAUGGCACCGGAUUGUGUACCAUGUGCGGUGGGCACUUUCUAUGACGAAGAGACGAAACAGUGCGUGUCUUGUCCCGUGGGCACUUACCAGAGCGAGUCCGGGCAACUCAAGUGUAAUUCCUGUCCGAUAAUCGCUGGUCGUCCCAGCGUGACCAUAGGUCCUGGCGCGCGUAGCGCGGCUGACUGCAAGGAGCGUUGUCCCGCCGGCAAAUAUUACGAUGACGUGGCCGGCCUCUGUCGCAACUGCGGCCACGGAUUCUACCAACCGGACGAGGGUAGCUUCUCCUGCCUUCUGUGCGGCCUCGGGAAAACCACAAGAACUGCCGAGGCGGUGUCGCGGGAGGAAUGCCGAGACGAGUGCGGAUCUGGACAGCAGUUGGCUGUCGAAGGGAAAUGCGAGCCUUGCCCGCGCGGCACGUAUCGCACUCAGGGAGUGCAGGCGUCCUGCCAGGCCUGCCCGCUCGGCAGGACAACCCCGAACAUGGGAUCGGCGGCGAUCGAGGAGUGCUCGCUUCCGGUUUGCGAGCCGGGAACCUUCCUCAACGGCAGCCUCAACGAGUGCGUAGAGUGUAAAAAGGGAACCUACCAGUCGGAACCGCAGCAGACCUUCUGCAUCCCAUGCCCGCCGAAUACCAGCACCAAAGGAUCUGCUGCUACUAAGAAGGCAGACUGCACGAAUCCGUGCGAGACCAGCGGCGAAGAGAUGCAUUGUGAUGCAAACGCGUACUGUUUACUUAUACCGGAAACGAGCGAUUUCAAAUGCGAAUGUAAGCCCGGAUACAAUGGCACCGGCACCGUAUGCACAGACGUGUGUCUAGGCUACUGCGACAACGAGGGCGUCUGUUUGAAAGAUUCACGCGGGCAACCCUCGUGCAGAUGCAGCGGCAGCUUCACCGGCAAACAUUGCACGGAGAAGUCCGAAUUCUUCUACAUCACUGGCGGCAUAGCGGGAGGUGUCAUCCUGAUAAUCAUCGUGGUGUUGCUAGUCUGGAUGAUUUGCGUCAGGGCCUCUCGAAAGAAGGAACCGAAGAAGAUGCUUACCCCGGCGACCGACCAAAACGGCUCCCAAGUAAACUUCUAUUAUGGUGCGCCAACGCCAUACGCCGAAUCGAUAGCGCCGUCACAUCACAGCACGUAUGCUCAUUAUUAUGACGACGAAGAGGACGGUUGGGAAAUGCCCAAUUUCUACAAUGAAACUUAUAUGAAAGAGAGUCUGCACAACGGCGGCAAAAUGAAUAGUCUUGCUCGAUCGAACGCCAGUAUUUACGGCACGAAAGACGAUCUUUACGACAGACUGAAGCGUCACGCGUAUACUGGUAAAAAAGAUAAGAGCGACAGCGACAGCGAAGGCCAGUGACCGGGUAGAACAAUGACUUUCAUGCCAACGUAGAGUACGAAAAAGCGGGAGAUAUCGGUGUAAUCAGACGAGACGACGACGGUAUCUCAUCCUUCGUGCGACGUCGUCGUCGUUGCUCCUCCGACCGAUCGACGGAUCUUGUUAUUUAUUGCAUUACCAUUUUGUACAACGUGACGCGAGAUCCGUGAUCGUGCUGAUCGCGCGACUCGGACUCUGUAGGAGAGAGAGAGAGAGAGAGAGAGAGAGA